AUGCUGCUGUCGCUGUGCCGGCCGCUGCCAUGCCCGUCGUGCUGCGCUCGCUGUGCCGGCCACCGCCAUGCUCGUCAUGCUACGCUCGCUGUCCCCGCUACCGCUACGCUCGUCGCGACGCUGCGGCCGGGCUCACGGGAAUGCUGCCCGACGGUCGCCCGUGCCGCCGCCAUGCUCACCAUCUCGCCAUGCUGCGUUCGCUGUGCCGGCCGUCGCCAUGCUCGUCAUGUUGCUCUCGCUGUCCCCUCUACCGCUACGCUCGUCGCGACGCUGCGGCCGGGCUCACCGGAAUGCUGCCCGACGGUCGCCCGUGCCGCCGCCAUGCUCACCAUCUCGCCAUGCUGCGUUCGCUGUGCCGGCCGCCGCCAUGCUCGUCAUGUUGCUCUCGCUGUCCCCGCUACCGCUACGCUCGCCGCGACGCUGCGGCCGGGCUCACGGGAAUGCUUCCCGACGGUCGCCCGUGCCGCCGCCAUGCUCACCAUCUCGCCAUGCUGCGUUCGCUGUGCCGGCCGUCGCCAUGCUCGUCAUGUUGCUCUCGCUGUCCCCUCUACCGCUACGCUCGUCGCGACGCUGCGGCCGGGCUCACGGGAAUGCUGCCCGACGGUCGCCCGUGCCGCCGCCAUGCUCACCAUCUCGUCAUGCUUCGUUCGCUGUGCCGGCCGCCGCCAUGCUCGUCAUGUUGCUCUCGCUGUCCCCGCUACCGCUACGCUCGUCGCGACGCUGCGGCCGGGCUCACGGGAAUGCUGCCCGACGGUCGCCCGUGCCGCCGCCAUGCUCACCAUCUCGCCAUGCUGC